UACGACGGUGCAAUGAUUUUUUCUUUACAUGAAGUAGUACACUGGUUAGGUUUAACUAUUUUUGAAAUGUGGAUCAAUUUAGUAUCGUUAACGAUAUUUACUAUUUUAUUAGCAUUAAAAUUAGAUAAUAAUUAUUUUUUGGAACAUACAGGAUGGUGGAUUGUUUUCUCACCAUUGUUUAUAGCUGACGGUUUUAAUACGUAUUUUUGCGCUAUUAUAUUCAUACGUAUGCAUAUGGAAGGAAUGAUUCAGGUUGCUAUAUUAAGAGCAUUAUGGAGUUUAAUAUUGUUGUUGCUAAUAUUUGUAUUUAAAUAUUUGUUGUGUAAAAAGCUUACUGGUCAAAGUACUUUAGAGUACUCUGAAGUAUUAAGUCCUGUUUUUAUUCUUUUACAAUUAAUUGCUGUUAGAGCAUGUCAACUUCACUGAUCUAAAGAAAAGAAAGAAGUAUUCAUGAAUCUAUAAUAACAUUUCCAUUUCAAUCAUUUACAAUGUAAGAUAAAUAUUGCAUAUAAUAUGUAUUUGCUUAUAAUGUUUAAUUUUAGGGAAUUAAAAAAUAAUAUAGCUAUAGAUUUUAAAAUAUAAUUU